AGGAUUGCGUAAAAGAGCGCAUUAGUAACCGCCAUAGCCUGACCAUGGCUAGCAAUAACGCGGUUUACAUCCGGCAGCAGAUGUCCGCUCUGCUGGGCAGCACAUCAACGUCGAUCAAGUUCAUCUGCAUAGCGACCUUGAUCGGGUACAUGAUUUCAUUCUCUGAGCGAAUAUCCGUGCUGCUGUGUGUUACCCCUGGUUACCUUAUGCCACCAACGUUCUGGUUGUGGACAAUUUUCACCUACUUCUUUAUCGAGCAGCACUUCUGGGAGGUACUGGUUGAUUUAGUAACGGUUGGUCUAUGUGGCAAGUUAAUCGAACCGUCCUGGGGCCAGAUGGAAAUGUUACACUACUUCGCCAUCACCAAUACUGGGGUGGCUAUUCUGACAAGUUUCUACUACCUUUUCUAUUCAAUGAUAACCAAAGAUGCUGAAAUUUUAUUCAACGUGCGGAUUUAUGGGCUAGCUGGAAUGAAUGCAGCAAUAAGCGUAGCCGUUACACAGAUAAUGCCAGAUCAUUUGAUAGCCAGGACACCAAUCGGUAAAUUCUCCAACAGGAAUGUACCACUAACGGUUGUAAUUGCGUCAAUUAUACUAUGGGCUUGUGGACUACUCGACGGAACCUACCCGGCAAUGUUUGCUUCUGGAUUGUACGUUUCCUGGGUGUAUCUUCGAUUCUACCAGCGACACUCGAAUGGCACUCGUGGUGACAGCGCGGAAAAUUUUCGUUUUGCAAGCUUCUUCCCGAACGUGCUGCAACCGUUUAUUGCGAUCAUCGCAAAUCCUGUGUACCUGGGCUGUUUGCGAAUAGGAUUAGUGAAACGGCUAAGCCCACCGCAGUCCCAUUCGUCAUCGCUACAAUCAGUUAGCGUACAAUUACCUGGAGUAGAUCCACACGACAUGGAACGACGGAGACAAAUCGCACUUAAGGCACUUAGCGAAAGGCUGUCUAAAACGACCGAUUCUAGUCGUCAGAAUACUGUUCCCAAAUCAUUCCCCCAAACUACUGGAAAACAUCUUCAUCACGGUCAUGGCCACAGUCACGGCCACGGACAUCAUCAUCAUCAUCACCACCAACAGCACGGGGGAUUACCGUUUCAAGGUACAUUUCCCAUGACAAUGGACCGCCCUGCAAUUCCCUUGCCUCCGCCUCCGUCGAUGGUUGCACCGAGCGUUGUAACGGCGUUGCCAGCAAAUCCUUUGCCGAAUACUACUAGUCCGUCGUCAUCAGUUAUAGUGGAUGGAACCUCUGUAUCGACUACUACGACACUACCUUCAUCCUCCUCCCUUUCAUCGAACCUGAUCAACUUUGACCAAAUUGCCAGUGGUAGCAGUAGCGUCCCCGGUGGACCAGCUUCGCCCGCCGUUUAAGCAGAGUCAACUCUCCUACGGUCUCUAGAACGAUAACAAGCCUUUGGCAUAGCUUUAAGCGUUGUUUUGUUUCUUGUAUUGUUUAAUUUUUUCGCGCACUGUCUUCGUAUUAUGGUUUAAAAAUCUUUUUGCCCAGUGGAACAGCUGUUCAGAGGUGGUCAGAGACCUAUCUUUUUCAUGUGAAUAGGUUUGGUCUGUUGACUCGAAACUUCGUAGAUUUAAUUUGGUACAAUUUUGGUUGGAAUUGAUUGAUAUCAGACGCGAAAUUAUUUAAAAAUUCAAGGCAACGAUACACAGUCAAGAAUAAGCAUGCGCGUUUCCUUUUCACUUGUUUCUACAGUUUUCAUGCUUGGUUAAGAUUAUUCGAAAAUAAUAUGGACAAGA